AUGUCAACCACUGCCGAACCUUCUCUCCUUAGCCAAGGUUUUUCAAGUCAGAUAACUACUCUUCUAAAGGGAUUAAAGCAACAGCUAAAACAACUAGAGCAUGACCAACAGACCCUAAGUGAUGGAAUUACCGAGGCAGUUUCGGCUGCAAUUUCAGAAGAAGAGUUGGCAGAUAUAAAGGCCAAUAUGGCCAAAGUAGCUGUGUAUCACACAAAGAUCCUUUCCUUACAAUCUACCAUGACAAUGUUGACAGCACGUUCUAAACAGCUUCAGUUCAAAGCAGACAAAUUGAAAUCAACCAAGGAACACUAUCUUUCACAAGUUGAUGAGAUUCGUCGAAUGGAACAGGCGAAGGAUCAGGACAUUGCAGCCAAGGUUACUAGUUUAAGCCCUAGUAGUAGUUACAGCCCACUAAAGACAAGUGUUGAGAUGGAUGAUGAUGAUCAAUCAGAAACGAUGCCCGAGAUUUCCAAGUCAAUGACAAUGCCAGUAAUCAGCAAAGCCAAGACAUUGACCAAGACCAAGACCAAAAAGAAGAAAUUAAGAGUAAGGGAGGUAGAGAUUGGAGAAGACGCCUCACCAGCGUGGGUUCCUAAGAGUGCUCAGCGCGAGACAACGCGUCCAUAA